UCCUACCCGGGGAGCCCCAUGCCCCUGCCUCCCCAGGUGAGGGGUGCGGCAAGGAAGCGGGGAAGGCCCCAGUCAGGGGCAGGGUGGUGCAGCCAGGACUGGGGCACUGCUGGGGAAUUCCAGCCUUCCGGGUGCCCAAGGCCUUCCCUCCUACCCCCAUGGGCAGGGAGGUAGUGGGACCCGGGGUCACGCCCAGCAGACUCCCAGAAGUCCCUCACGGAGAUCUGGGGAGGUCACCAGGAUGGCGGGAGCCCGGCACCCGGUGUGUGUGAGUGGGGCAGCUCUGGUGCAGACAGAGAGGCUCCAGCAGACGUUCGCCUUCUCCGUGUGCUGGUCAGAUGACAGCGACAGCUUCGUACGCAGAAGCUGGGAGGACUUCAGGAGAUUCCACAAAACCCUCAAGGAGACCUUCCCGGUGGAGGCAGGCCUGCUGCGGAGAUCUGAUCGCGUUCUCCCCAAGCUCCCAGCCGAUGCACCCUGGCUGGUGCUCCGAGGCCGCACCGGCCGAGGCCUGGCCCGCCUGCAGCUGCUGGAGGCCUACCUGAGGGCGCUGCUGGUGGCCGGGGAGCGUGUGUCCCGCAGCCCGGUGCUCACUGGCUUCUUUGAGCCACAAUCUCCGGACUUGGAGCCUAUGCUGCCACCCGGCAGCCUGGUGAUCCUGCCCAACCCGCAAGAGCCCCGGCCAGGCCCCCUAGGCAGCCCUGCCAUCCGCACCCUGGAGGCCCAGAGCCUGCGCUGCCUGCAGCCCUUCAGCACGCAGGACACGCGGGGCCAGCCCUUCCGCGCUCAGGCCCAGGAGGCCCUGGAUGUGCUGCUACGACACCCCUCAGGCUGGUGGCUAGUGGCAAACGAGGACCAGCAGACGGCGUGGUUUCCUGCUCCCUACCUGGAGGAGGCGGCCCCACACCAGGGACAGGAUGGGGGACAGCCCCUGGGGAUAAGCGGGCCCCAGUUCUGUGCUGUCAGUGCCUAUGAGAGCAGCCGGGCUGAUGAGCUGUCUGUGCCUGCAGGGGCACGCGUGCAUGUGCUGGAAGCCUCUGACCGAGGCUGGUGGCUGUGCAGGUUCCGAGGCUGCACCGGUCUCCUCCCAGCUGUGACGCUGCAGCAUGAUGGGCUGGGCACCCUCCUCAGCAGGCCGUGGCUCCACCAUGGGGCUGAUGGUGCAGAGGGCGGGGAGGGCAAGGCCCAUGGCUCCCCCAGGUCCCCCCAGGCCGUGAUGCCUCCGCCUCCUGUGCCUGCUCGGCCGCCUCUGAGCGCUAUUCAGGGCCGCUGCUGCACCAUCACCCGUCAGGCACUACAGCAGGGAGCCCCCUGAGUGUGGCUUAUCGUGGAGGGCGGUGCUGUGCACCCCAGACCCCAGGGAUCACCCCAGGCUCCAGAGCCCAGGGAUGACGGCUAGCAGCCACCUCAGCCUCAGGGCCGUGGGAGGAGCGGUGGAGGUGGGGCUUGCUGGGCCGCAUGCCCCUGGUGUGCCCUGAGUAAAGCUCUCCUGACUGAC